AUGGAGCAGCCUGAGGCCCUAACGUUCGCCGAAGCGAUCUCGGCGGGCAAGGAGGAUUACUUUCGAAAUGUGACGCGCGAGGACGUGGCCAAGCUGCUGUCCUUCUGCGUGGACCCGGAGGACGACGACGCACUGCUCGUGCCACGCCUGGGGCCCCCCGCCACUCUCACCCUUGAACACGCGCGCCUCGCUCGCCGCGGGCCCGGCGGCGCAGACGGCAGCGGCGCAGCUUUGGGGAUGGCGCGGCGGGGGGCUGCGGCGGGCGUGGGUGCUGGCGGGGAGCGGGAGGCGGUGCUGUUUGAUCUGGAGGGGCUCGACGACAACCGGGGCGCGCGCACCCCCACUGUUGGCGAGCCCCCCGUGGCCGCAGCGCCGUCGCCCGCCCCGGCCGCCGCGGCGCCCGCCACGCCGACCGGCGCCUCCCGCCGUGGAGCCGUCCCCAGCGCAGCGGCCGCGCCGGAGCGUCGUGUGGCGGACGGCGUCGACCCGCUGCAGGUGCUGCGGCUGGCGGCGGCCUUUGUGGCCCUGGGCCAUGGCACCGCCGACCAGGCCUCCGCCGCGUGCCAGCUGCCUGCGGCCGCGGCGCAGGCGCUCACGCGCGGGGACGUGGCGGCGGCGGCGGCGAAGCUCACGCCGAAGCACGCGGGGCGGCUGCUGGAGUGGAUGUGCGUGCAGGGCGGCGUGCUGUCGCUAGGGGAGCUGCUGGAGGGGGUGAGGGCGCGCGCGGACGAGAGGGAGGCAGCCGCCAGGGCGCAGGCGCCAGAGGCUGGAGCCCGCGGGCAGCAGCCGUGCGCCAACGGCGAUGCGCACCCGGCUGUGGGGGCGCUGGCCAGUAACGGCCUUGCAUGCAGCAGCGGUGCUCUGGUAGCGGAGGCGGGGGCCCUGGAUGGCGGGGCACCCCAGGCCGCCGCGGCGCAGCUGCAGGCGGCGCAGCAGCUGGAGUGUCAGCAGCAGCAGCAGCAGCAGCAGCAGCAGCAGCAGCAGAGUGUGCUGGAGGAGGACUCUGAGCGGCGGCGCCAGCACGCUGACCUGGUGGCGGCGGCGCGCCGCCGCAGCAGCAGCAGCAGCAGCAAGGCGGUGCGGCUGCGCCAGACGCCGCGGCGUCGGCGCUCGCACCCGGGACGCCCGGGCUAG